UAUUAAGAAACGAAAAAGUAAAGACUUAAUUGAUCCCAAUUUUAUAUCAAAUUCCAACCCUAACUCUUGUCCUGAAGAUGCUAUUAAUACUUCAAAUAAUGAUACUAGUGAUGAAACGUUAAGUGAUGAUAACAUUAGUACAAGUUCCAAUAGUGAUAGUGAUACAGAAUACACUAGUAAAAAAUUAAGGACCAAAACAAAAUUACGCAAAAAUGAAAAUAAAAAAUCUCCAAAUGGUCAGCAUGAAUGCGGGCAACUAGUCAAGACUCAGGGCUCAACAGACAACUUUCAAUCCCAUUUAAAUACUCAUAGAAUUACUAAGCUGAUUCAGAAAAAUAGUACAACUCCUCAACUAACAAUUAAUGAGAUGUUUCAACGUACUGUUAAACAGAAUUCUCGCCAAAAAGAAUCUAUUGAGCGUGCCUUGCCUCUUCAUGUUCUGCAAAGCGAAAGCUUUAUUAAACUAAUUCAUAUAUUAAAUCCAUAUUAUGAAUUGCCUUCUAAUAAACAAGUUAAAGCACAAAUUCACCAAAGCUACAACUAUUCAACUGAACAUCUUAAAACUCUUUUUGCAACUGAACUCAAAACAUACAGUUUGACAUGUGAUUUGUGGACUGCCCGUUCUAAAAGUGGGUACAUUGAAAUUAUGUGUCAUUUUGUUAAUUCAAAUUAUGAGUUAAAAGAAAUUAUAUUUUUAGCCAAUGAUGAAAAAUCAUAUCGUCAUACAAUUUCUGAUGUUACAACCUGCUGGAACUCCUCCUAUAUUGCAUGGAAACGGCUUCUUCAAAUUAAGCAUGCUAUUAAGUUAAUGGAAGUGACCAUGAAUGCUGAUUCUGAUUCUAAUGUUCGUAAAGAUGCAAACCGGCUAAAGUCUAUGAUGAUUACUGAAGACGAAUGGAUUGUUCUUAAGGAAUUGACUAUGCUCUUAGCACCCUUUGCCGAAAUUACUGAAUUACAAGGUGUAGUUAGUACAAAUGCUGAAGAAAUCGACUUAAUGGAUACGUCAGAUGUAUUUGAUGAUAUUGAAGAAGAAAAUAUAAUUGAUUUGGAUAAAGAAUCUGCAACAAUUACCACUAUUGAUGGAAGUAAGAUUAAACUCAACCAACCUCAAAACACAAAUAGUUUAGUAAAUAAAGUUAAAGAAAAAUUAUAUAUGGCAUUAAAAUAUUAUUGGAAUAUACCAACUAAUAGUUCAUUAAUCGCAACACUACUUGACCCUCGAUGCAAAUCAAUGAAGCAAUUAAAAAAUCAGGAACGUGAUAAAGCUAUUAGCCUUUUGAAGGAAAAUUACGAAUUACUUAAUACUGAAAAUAAAGAUAUAGGCUUACCGAAUGAAGAACCAAAUCAGGACCAAAUGAGUCUUUUCUCAAUAAUGUUUGGAUUGGAUAGUACAUUAGUAGAGAAUGAAGUAGAUCGGUAUCUAAAAAUUGAACAA